GCCUCGGUUGAAGCCGUUGGAGUGCUUCUGUGUUGCUCAGCGGAAUAACUGUCAGCUCUAAAUGCAUUUGAACAGCGGAUUUGUCUGAGGUCUGAUUACAGGAUAAAAGAUGUACACUUUCCAACUUCUGUUUAUCCUGGCUGGAAUCUCAAACAUUGCUGGCCCCAACAGCAACACCUGCAGUGUUUACCCUAAAGAUCCAUACAUCAAAGCGGGAGAGAACAUCACGAUAACAUGUCAGAGCUCGUGUGUUGGCGCGAGCAAAAUCUACUGGAAACUGAACAACGAUCGCAUUGAUGAUAGCCUGUCCAGCAUGUUGAACCGCACACACACAGUCUUGUCACUCAGAAAUUUCACUCACCCUCGUGCGACAUUGCAGUGCUAUACUGCAGAUACUCAGCAAGUCAUUGGAGGCACCAUUAUAGAAACGUACUCAGCAAAACCCAGAAAUAUUUCGUGCGUCCAGUAUAGGCUUAAUCAAGAGGAAAGCGGUGGCUUAGACAGCCUCACAUGCACAUGGGAGCAUCACAUGAAUCCCCCAGUCAACUAUACCGUAGAGAGUGUUUUUUAUAAACAAAAGGAAAUUGUACAAUGCCACUCAAAGAAAACAACAUGCACACUCACACCACUAUUCACACUUCGAGAUGACAACAUCACUGUUACCGUGAAAGCCACAACUCAUCACUGGAAUGUUUCCUCUGAGCCUCGUACAUUUGCGCUACGUGACAUAAGUAAAAGUCUUCCCCCAAAGGACCUAGAGGUGACUGACUCUGCAGGUUCGCUCUCAGUUAAAUGGCGACGACUUUCUCCUUUAGAGCCGGGUCACUGUGAAGUCAAAUGCAGGAAGGUUUUAGCUGGAGGAGAAAUUGUCGAGUGUGACCACAGUGAGACCGGAAACAAUACAAGACCAUAUUGUCUACUAAAUGAUGAAGCUAAUGGGUACAUCACGAUCAACAAUGUGGAUUCCUGCACUACCUACAGCUUUUCAGUGCGCUGUGUUUUGGGGAAGGCCAUCUGGAGUGACUGGAGCAAGGAAGUACUACAUGUGACCAAACUAAACAAGAAUCAUGUCAACCUGCGCCUGUGGAGAAAAGUGUCUGAACUGGAAGAAAAUGGGCUUAGAAAAGUCCGUGUCAUGUGGAAGGGUAUUCCUAAAGACUGUGGAGGCACAUUUACCUACGCCAUAAAACAAGCUCCUGACAGUGAACACAUGACUGGAGGGAAUUAUACCUUCCAUGGCAACACAACUUGUGAUGUUGUUGUUAACCAAGAUGCACACAGAAUAAAUCUCACAGUCUUCCAGAAUGAAGAUGUUCUUGUGGUGAAGUCAGUUUAUGUUCCGGCCGUUGGAGAGACAGGCCUUCCUCAAGUUACCAACAUCCAGACCUUAUCUGAUGACAAUGUUAUUAAGGUCAGCUGGAUGGCUCCUAUGCAGCCAGUCAGUGGGUAUAAAAUUGACUGGACCCAGGAUGGAAGUCAGUACCACUGGAAAGAGAGCGAGUACACGAAUGUAACACUCAGCGGCCUCCAGGAAAAAAAGCUAUAUAAUAUCACAGUAACGCCCCUCUUUGGUGACAAGACAGGUCAGGGCACACAAGUCCUUCAUGUUUGCUCCAGUUUUGGAGAUCCAGACAGCAUUGCUAUCACAGUUGUACCUGGCCACCGACAUGCCUUUGUGAGCUGGAAUACGACAUCGCAGAAGGAAUGCAGCGGUGCUGUUCAAAGCUAUACAGUCAACUACUACAAGGCGCAGGAUGGACCGCAUCUCAAUGUUACUGUGGAUAGCAAAAUGAGGAACGUCUCUUUGAAAGAUCUGAGUCCAGACACCCAGUACACCGUCAAUGUCGAUGCCAGGGCUCUGACCGGAAUAUCAACAAGCAGUGAUGAGAAAUUUACAACCAAAAAAUUUGAUCCGGGGCUUGUUACUGCACUCAGUAUCGCUGGAAGCAUUAUCAUCUUUCUGGUGUUAUUUCUCGGAUUAUGCUUCGCUGUUCAAUGGAAGAAAUUCCAGGAGAAGCCCGUGCCAAAUCCAGCCCUCAGCUCUGUGGGUGUUUGGGCGUCGCAAAGUCAACAAAAGGGAAUCUGCUUCCAGCCAUUCAGAAAUCCAUCUGAAAGCCACUGUGAUACAGUAUACCCAGAGAAAGCGCAGAGCACAUCUACCCCUUCACUAGUUACAGGCCAUGAUACUAACACAGCCAGUGAGUACAUAGUGGACUACGCAAACUCAGGAAUGACUCUUGGUCUUUAUACGGAGGAUGAAAGUCCAGUUGAACCUGCAAAGACGCCUCCCUCUCCUGGAGAAUCCACUGCAUUAAUUUCCUCAGAGAGCAGCACAGCCAACCCCUAUCGAAGCCAGAGUUCUGUGGAGAGUCCUGUCCCAGAGACUGCUAAACUGAGCAAGCAUGUGCCAGUAAAACAGCAAGAAAGGGCAUUACUUAAGACCAUAUAUGUCACAUUAGACAUGAUUGAACAAGAUCAUAACAGGUGAGCGCAGUGAAAGUAAAUGAUGCAGAUAGAUUUGCAGUCAGUCAGCUGUGAAAGAAAUGGAUAUGGUUUGAUAUGACUGUGUGUGUGUCAUUAAGUUGCCUAGCACUGUGGAACAACAGGAUACAAACAUAUUUAACUGUUUUUGUGUUGCUGCUUUAUUAGGUCAUCUUAAUGUAUUCAGCCAUGCAGCAAGAAUAGGUUUCAUUUAAUGUGAAGAGAUGAAAAGAUUUAAGGAUAUGAGUUAUCACCACUGAAAAUGUGAUAUAGUGUUCCCAGGAUUUAGCAUUCUAGACAUGCUUUGCUAUGACACUGAUCCUGGUUUUAUGUAUAGUCUGUAUUAUAGUAUUGUGAUAUUUUGUUGUAAAUAUUUUGCCAUGUAUUAUAUGCUUGAUGUUUGUUGAGGUGUGACUCGCAGCAUUUUUUUUUGCUUUACCGCUUUGUGUCAUUUGUAAACUGGAGGAGUCAUUAAAAUGUAAAUUUUGUUAUUGUGUUGAUAAAUAUUCACCGCGCUGAAGCAUCAUAAGGACUCUCAUAUGUCUUGUAAACAGACAAAAACA